AACAUUAAAAUAACCUCAAUGAAAAGAUGUGAAUACGAUAAACUGUUGAUGACCGAUGAACAAGAUAUUGAUUUGUCUUUAAAAUAUUGUGUACAAUGUUGUGUACAAAAUUAGAAUUUAAUAGGUUAAGGAGCUGUAGGAGCUAUAUUCAAAUCAAAGGAAUCACUAGAAAAUAUUGUGCUAUUGCAGCUAUCGUUGAAAAGUCGGAUGUAGGAAGUAUUACUGAAGUGAAGGGCUGGGUGAGAAAUUUACGUGUCCAAAAAGAGUUUAGUUUUGCUGAUAUCAGUGAUGGUUCGAGCGCGCAGAAAUUACAAAUUAUAAUUCCGAAACAUCUGAAAACAGAACAAUUAACGUACGGUUCUUCAGUUAAAAUUAAAGGAAAACUGUCUCUUAGUCCGCGAGGGCAACUGGAGAUUUUAGCUAACGAAGUAAAUGUUGUGGGACCUUGUGUCGUUUUAGACGGAUAUCCAUUUAAUCCUAGAACUGCACACCCGCCCGAAUACACACGCCAAUAUCUACACUUACGUUCGAGAACGAAUUACAUAUCGGCACUACUCAGAAUACGAAGUGCUGUCGUCAAACACAUACAUGAUUUUUUUAAUUCAAGAAACUAUAUCAACAUCCACACUCCGAUCUUGACUUCAAAUGAUUGCGAAGGGGCCGGUGAAGUAUUUAAGGUUCAACCAGACAAUGAGGAUACCAUAAAAGCAAUGAUGCAAGAAGGAAAGGAUAAAGAUUCAUUAUAUUUUGGAUUGAAAACAUUUCUAACAGUAUCUGGUCAGUUGCAUUUAGAAGCCAUUUGCAGGGGAAUGGGUAAUGUGUACACACUCGGGCCAACAUUUCGAGCAGAAAACUCAAGGUCUAGAUUGCAUCUCUCUGAGUUUUACAUGUUAGAAGCAGAAUUAGCAUUCUGUGAGAACAUUGUCCAGUUGCAAACAGUUAUUGAGGAACUUUUAAAAUAUAUAUUCACGGAAACAAGAAAUACAAACGAGAAAGAUAUAUAUUUGAUUGAUAAGGAAAAUAAAAAACCAAUUUGGUUGGACAAGCCGUUUGUAACCUUAACUUAUGAUGAAGCUCAACUUAUUUUGAAUACAAAGGGGUCUGGGACCGGAGGGGAUUUUAAUAAAGAACAAGAAUUAAUUUUGGUAGAUCACUGUGGAGGUCCUGUAUUUGUAACAAAAUGGCCCAAAGACAUGAAGUCGUUUUAUAUGAAAGAAUGCAACAAUGACAGCAGUAAGGUUGAUGCUUUAGAUUUGUUAACACCAGUCACUGGUGAAGUAGUUGGAGGCAGUUUGCGUGAAGACAACUAUGAAAAAUUAAAACUAAAGCUACCUUCAGAACGACUGCAUUGGUACUUAGAAUUGCGGAAAUUUGGUAACAUACCCACAGGAGGAUUUGGUUUGGGCUUAGAAAGAUUACUACAAGUGCUUUGUGGUGUUAAUAAUAUAAAAGACACACUUCCUUUCCCAAGAUGGCCUCAUAACUGUGACAUGUGAAGAAGUUAAGGCUUAAACCAAACAAAUGACUAGGUAUGAAGCAGUAAUGCGUUUCGGUUUGAAGGGUGGAGCAGCCGUUGUAACUAUACUGAGACCUUACAACUUAUAUCUCAAGGUGGGUGGCGCAUUUACGUUG